AUGAUAGAGGUACAGAGUGUUACUUGGUCUAAUGAUAGUAGUUUAAAAAGUCUCUUUAAAGAUCCACUUAAGGCAGUAGUAAGAGCUUUAGUUAGUAGAGAGGGUUUAAGUUUACGGAUUAAAGUAGUUUAUGUAGUGACGGCUGAAACAGAAGCUUAUGAUCAAGUUUUAUGUGAUGAGAUGGUAGAAGAUUUACCGGUUGGUUUAAUAGAGUUUGAUUUAGAGUGUUCUAUUCCGGACGUAUCUAAAAUACCUAGAGAGUACUUAUUAGGGGUGACUUCUUUAAUGUUUGGUUGUUAUACGGCUGAAGAUAAGAUCUUUGCUAAUGUAGCUUACUUUGUCCGAGUGGAGUAUCCGGGGGUGCAUGUUAAGGAGAUAGAAAGAACGGGAGGAAGUGAAGAUGAGGGUAGUGAAGAUGGUGAGGAUGGUGAAGAUGGUGAGGAUGGUGAGGAUGGGGAUGAAGUGGAAGGAGAGGAAGGAGAGGAAGUGGAGGAGGCGGAAGAAGCUAAGGUUGGGGAGAUGGAGGGAGUAGAAGGACUGGGGGAUAUUAGGAUGGUUAGUUUGGAGGAGUUUAUGGAGAUGGAUAUAGAUUUGAGUCGGGUGGAAGGAGAAGUUUUGGAGCCGCCUUUGGUGACUUUGUUUAGUGAAGUAUGGGAGGCUUAUAAUCGUAGGGAUGGUGAAGGUUCGGGGGAUGAGAUUGAGGAGUUAGAGGAGAAUGAAACCGGACUUGUUUCUAGUGAGGAGAGACCAGUUAAUGCGGCCUGA